UGACCUUUCACUUGUCACGUGGUUUAAAAACUUCAGCAGGAUGGCGCGGAAACUUGUCGCAGUAGCACACUGCUGAGCUGUCAGUCUGUGAGAGUCCUGUUUACAUUUUAGUGUGGCAGUCCUGACGCUGUAAACCAUGAGCGUGUUGGAGGUGAAGUUCAUCGGGGAUGGAGAUGUUCUGGAGCACAUCGUGGACAAACAGGAGGGUGUGCAGAGCAUCGCCGGGUCUAUUCAGAAGAUGGUGAAGUUUAAGAGCCCGGCUGGACGACGGGGAUGCAGAGAGGAUGCGGAUCCUGACGAGGAUGAAAAUGGAGUCCACGAUGAGCAGAAUUAUGUCCAAGCUUUAGGAGCUGAUAACGCAGAAGAAGAUGAAGACUGCUUGUCAAGAGUGGCUGGAUCCUCCAUCUUUACCUUUCAGAAAGUUAAACGCAGCCACAGCAUGGCUCAGACUGCGAGUGAGUUGGCUCGGACUCCUGGAAAAAGCGUGAGCUUCGAACCGUCUACCCCCACUCGAACGAGGCGGAACCACAGAGGUGAAAGCAGGACACCACAGAGGAGUAAAAAGGUCCAGUUUGUCUCCACAACACCACACAGGCUCAGGAAGAGAAUAAUAACGCCGAGCCUGCGGUCAGACAGUGACAGUGAGCUGUCGCCCUCUGAUUCGGGUGAAGAGGACAAUGAAGAUGAGCUGGAGGAAGAGCAGAAAGGAAAGAAAGAGGACAAAGAGAACGUGAAGAUCCCAAGAACUCCCAGUAAAGGUUUAUCAGCUGCUCUCUACAAAACUCCUGCCAAGAAGAGCAAGAGCACACCUGAACCUCUGAACCAGCCCAGUAUGGUUGAGGAGUACUUUGAAGCUCAUGGCAGCUCAAAAGUGUUGACAUCAGACCGAACUCUUGAGCGUUUGCACACCCCUAAACUCGACAGGGAGACGUUGGUCCGGCUUUUGGAGGGAAAGCCAUCCUGCUACUCAAAAGAGAUCCAGCAGCUGCACAGCAAACACCAAAAGCACUUUAGUAAAUGGAUGUUACAGUUACAGCUGGGAUUCAGUGUGCUGGUCUACGGUUUGGGAAGCAAAAAAGCUCUGCUGGAAGACUUCCGAGUGUCCCAUCUGUCUCAAGAAAUUCACCUCGUGGUUAAUGGAUUUUUCCCUUCCAUCACUCUUAAGUCGAUAUUAAAUGCCCUGACGUGUGAAGUUCUGGAUCACCAGGGAAGUUUCCGAACCCCGUCAGACCAGAUCCAGUUUAUCUCCCAGACUUUAAAAGGCAGUCCAGAUCUACACGUGUACCUGCUCAUCCAUAAUAUUGACGGACCCAUGCUGCGAGGAGAAAAGACCCAGAGUGCACUGGGGCAGCUGGCAUCCCUGCCUAACCUGCACUUGGUGGCUUCGUUAGACCACAUCAGCGCUCCUCUCGUGUGGGACCAGUUUAAGCAGAGCCAGUUUAACUGGCUGUGGUGGGAGUGUGUGACGUUCCAGCACUACACAGAGGAGACGUCAUACGAAAAUUCCCUCCUGGUGCAGCAGACUGGCGCCCUCGCUCUGUCCUCCCUCACACACGUGCUCCGCAGCUUAACACCCAAUGCAAGAGGAAUCUUUAAACUGCUGGUAAAGUUCCAGCUGGAAAACAAAGACAAUCCUUCAUACACAGGAUUGCCAUUCCAAGAUUUCUACCAGCGGUGUCGAGAGGCAUUCCUGGUGAACUCUGACCUCACACUGAGGACUCAGCUGACUGAGUUCAGAGACCACAAACUGAUACGGACACGCAAGGGUGGAGAUGGAGUGGAGUACCUGAUUGUUGCUGUGGAUGCAAGCACACUGAUGGACUUCCUGGAGAACGAGGCGGGUGACUGAGAGGACAAGACUUCAGACUUAUGAAAGAUCUUCUCCAGCAGAUUUCCAACAGCCCGGUUACAUCUGAAUGAGAUGUGAGCCCAGGGCUCUGUACAGUUUAAAUUAAUAGUUUAAAUAAAAUUACUGAUGAAAUGCCUUUUUGUAGCUCUGUGAAAUUCACGUUUACAUCAAAUGUUUGUGUAAUUAAAAGGAACAUUUAGAGUUAA